AUGCUCGACUGGGCCGGUUUGGUGCUGAAGGCUAUUUACUACUAUGGCCACUUAAUAGGACUCAGUAACUUCGAAUUCGAUUGGAGAACUGGUCGCGUUUUUACGGCUGCCAGAAGCACUCUUUUCGCCAUUGUGGCUAACGCCAUUAUAGUAAUUCUCCUGGGUUUCCUGCUCACCAGGCCAAUUAAUUUUAGUCUGAUCUUUGGGAACUCGAAUAGACUGCACGAGUUGGUUAUCAUUACUAUGACCUCAUUACGGCUCACUGCAGGGCUUUCUACUGUUCUCAACCGUUGGCGCCAGCGAAGCCAGAUGAAGGACUUGGUCAAAAGAAUUCUACGCCUUUUCUUGGCCAGGCCGCAGGUGAAAAGGAUGUCACGCUGGGGACUUCUCAUCAAGUUCCUCCCAAUUACUGUGACUGACAUUCUCCAGGUAGCAAUCACCCUGGAUGCCAUUGGUCGUGGCGACUCGACGUUUUUUCUAGGAAUGGGCUUACAGUUAUGGGUGUCGGGUAUUCUUAAUCUGGCCAUAUCGCAACAUUUUCUCGUGAUGCUGUUUGUUCGGGCGCAGUAUCAGCUGCUUAACAUAGAGCUGCGAAAGGUGAUCGAUGAGAGCACGGAAUUGAGCUACCAUGCCCCACGGAAGGCAGCAUUUAUGACCAGAUGUUGCAACCUAGCGGAUCGGCUGGAGGAUGUAGCCAAGCUCCAAAGCCAGCUGCAGACGAUAGUAACCCAGUUGGGAGAGGUCUUCGGCAUCCAGGGAAUAAUGGUGUAUGGUGGAUACUACAUAUCAUCGGUGGCUGCCAGUUACAUGACCUACAGUAUCGUCAAGAAUGGUCCCGAGAACUUAGGAAUGACCUACAGGUCUACAGUCCUAGUUUUCACCUGGUGCAUCUUUUACUAUUGGGAUGCAAUUCUGAAUCUCUUUAUUAUGCUGUACGUGCAGGAUGAUCACAAGGAGAUGAUUCAUCUUUUAGAGAAGCGAACUUUAUUCGCGUCUGGACUGGACGUUCGUCUGGAGGAGUCUUUCGAAAGCCUCCAACUGCAGCUAAUACGGAACCCUCUUAAAAUUGAGGUGCUGAAAAUAUUCAGCAUAAAUCGGGACUCCACGUCAGCAAUGUUUGGAUCUUUAAUAACACAUUCAAUAUUUCUUAUUCAAUAUGACAUUCAAUUCUUUUAA